AUGUUCGUGUCAUGCGACGAGGUUCUGGGAACCACCGACGGGGCGUUAAAUGACAGCCAAGUAAAUAAUAAUUCAACUACAACCCCCACCCCUCCCGCUGCGGCAAUAACAUACGACCAGUUUGGCGCGUUGCUUGAUUCUGACAAAAACUUGCACACGGAGUACUUAGAUGUAUUAGCAGAGUACGGACUUUUUCCAGCUAUAACCAAACCAAAUCGGGUCAAAACCUGCAUAGAUCACAUUUUUGUACCCGUGAAAUCUAAUGCGGAGUCCGUAGUCUAUCUCAGUGCUGCCACUGACCAUAAUAUCACUAUGGCAGGCAUAAUGUUAAAGACGCACAAACAAAAAAGACCAAAACCUAUUCGAUCAAGAGUAAUAGUUGACAUAGACUUAAUAAGAUCAGAGCUGGAAGGAACGGACUGGUCAACAGUAAUAAACUGCAGCUCUCUUGAAGAGUCUGUAACUCACUUUACUAAGACGGUAUCAGAGGCAAUAUUGAGAUAUUCAAAAACUUGUGUAAUAAGCCGCUCCAGAACUACCUUACACCCCUGGAUGACUCCUGGUUUAAUCAGAUGCUCUAAACACCGCGAUAAGCUUCAUAUAGAAUAUCGCAAGGACCCAAACAACCCAACUAAAAAACUUAUAUAUACGCGCUAUAGAAAUUUUUACAUAGAUCUAAUUAGAGGACUAAAACGUGAUUACAACAAAAAAGAAAUAAUCAAAAAUAAAUAUGCUCCAAAAAAACUCUGGGGUACUAUUAACCGCAUAACUGGUAAAGACACUAGCUCAAGUUCUCCCCUGGCUCUCAUCAACUCAAGACCCUCCGUAAAAGAGUCUCUCAAUGUUUGCAACUCAUACUUUGCCUCUGUAUGUAAUAAGCUGGCAAACUCUAUCAUGCUGAAAUUAAAUGAGACUCAAGAGUCCCUUGCCGAAAAAGUUCAGAUCCUGAUCAACCCGUUGGUUAAUUUUUCAUGA